CUUAUUUUACCCGUUACGUUUUUUUUUCUCUUUAAAUUGUUUCUUUUCCUAUUAUUACAUAAUCACGCGAUAAAAAGAAGAAAAAAAGAUGACUAACGUUAAGAAAUAUGAAUUUCAAUAUCAACAUUUCGAUAAUUUACAACCAUGUUAUGAAUAUGAUAAUAUUGAAGGAAUUCUUGUUGAUUUUCAUAUUUUAAUGGGUAUCGAAAAAUUUGAUAUUACUUUAAAAAAAAUUUUGAUCGUAAAAGAAAUUGAAGGAGAAGACAAAGAUGAAAGAAUUGGGUUUAGAUUAGGUAAUGAUUUUUUGAAAGGAUUUGAUGCGGAAGUUGAAGUAGUAGGUGAUGAAAUUUUGUUACAUCGAUUAAAAUUUACUGUACAAUUGAAAGGGAUUAAAGAUUCUAAGGCCAGUUCAAAUGUUAUUAAAACUCAAACCAGAAUCAAAAAUAUCAAUAAUGAAAAGAAAUCUAAUAAUUUCAACAAUUAUUUGAUCGCUAUUAUCGCUUUUGCCAUUAUUUUAAAUACUUUUGUUCUUAAUAUGAAGUUUUCUAAAGGUCAAUCAUCUCCUAUCUUUGAGGACAAAAUUAAAUUCCUUAUAGAUUUAGAAGAAGAAAUUAAUAGUUUUAAUAUUUCGUUAAAUGAACUGAAACAAUCCGAGAUAUCAAUAAUUGAUCUAACACGAAAUUCAAAUACGGUUUUAACAUCCAAUAGAAAAAUAUUAAUAAAUACUCUAAAUUUACAAGAAUUAACGUCAAGAACAAGAAUCUCGUAUGAAACGUCAUUAGAUUAUUAUGGUAAUACAUUAUGGAAAUUAAAAGAACUUAAUAUUAAAAAAGUUCUAUUGGAAAAAACUAACUCAUUACUGGAUCAAUUGUAUUCGUCCAUAUUUGCGGUGGAUCAUAAGAUUAACGAAACUGAAUUUAUUUCCUAUUAUUCAUUAUUAGAUAGAUAUUUAAAUAAUUUUAAUAAUAAGGAAGAUUUAUUACAACAAUUAACAAACAUGGAAAAAGGAUUGAAUCAAUUACAAAAGAAUUUCGAAAAUAUAUUUAAGGAUAUAUUAAAUGAUGAUGGCACGUACAAAAAAUUUUUUGAAAAAAUUUCAAUAAUUAUAUCUGGUAAUUUUAAGAAUUUACAAAGUAUUAAAUUUAAAUUAAAAAAAUUAAGGGAAAAUAAUAUAGUAAUCGGUUAUAUUUUCAUGAAAUUAAAAGAUGAUUUUAAUAGAAUUUUGAAAGGUAGAGAUUUUAAUUAUGACGAAUAUGAACAAAUUAGUUCUUAUUUAUCUACGAUUAGUUAUAACCGUAAGAAAUUUUUGAGGGUUGCCGGAUUAUCUGUUAAAUAAUUACUUUGCUGGAAUAUUAUAAAAGAUGUACACAAAGAAUUUUUUUAAAAAAAUCCUACUUUGUAUAAAUAAAUAUAUAUUUAAAUAUAAAUAAAUAA